UAGAAAGUGAGUUUUAAAAUUAUUUUUAUUUAUCUGGAUAAAAAAAGUAUUUAUUGCGCCCGUUGAAAAAUCUUGUGGCAACAGAAAAAAAAUUAUUAAAGAGAACGCAAAAUUAAACCCGUGCAGUGCCAUUUUCAUACACUAAAAAGCAAGGAAAAAUAAUUUGCCACAAAAUCACUACUAUAACGAAAAGUUGAAGACAUUUUGUUGGACACCACAUUGACAACAAGAACAACAACUGUAAACGUUUUAAAUUUCAUUUCUGUAUCACCGUAAGUUAUAACCAACAAAUAAAAAAUGAGCUGGCAAGAUUAUGUUGAUAACCAAUUGAUGGCCUCGCAAUGCGUUACCAAAGCCUGUAUCGCUGGCCAUGAUGGAAACGUUUGGGCUUCUUCCAAGGGCUUUGAGGUUUCAAAAGAAGAAUUGUCAAAAUUGAUCUCUGGAUUUGAUAAUCAAGAUCUUCUUACCAGCAAUGGAGUAACAUUGGCCGGCCAAAGAUAUAUUUAUUUGUCCGGUACAGACCGUGUCGUCCGCGCCAAGUUCGGACGUAGCGGUGUACAUUGCAUGAAAACCACACAAGCCGUGAUUGUUUCCAUUUACGAAGAUCCCGUUCAGCCACAACAGGCCGCAUCCGUCGUAGAGAAACUUGGAGAUUAUCUUAUCACUUGCGGGUACUAGAAAAUAUAAACACACACACUAUACAUAAUACAUAAAAGUAAUUAUAUAAUAAUAUUAAUAAACGAAAAAAAAACAAAAAAAAAA